ACGUGACACGCGGCUCGCGCUGACUGACGGGUGGCACCGGGAUCGGGAUCGGCACCGGGAUCGGGAGCGGCGGCCUGGCGGGGCGGGAGGAGGAAGAGGAGGAAGGGUCUCGGCCCCGACGAGGCGCUAUGGCGACCACCGUCAGCACCCAGCGGGGCCCGGUAUAUGUCGGUGAACUUCCUCAAGAUUUUCUUCGCAUUACCCCAACCCAGCAGCAACAGCAAAUCCAGCUGGAUGCCCAGGCAGCUCAGCAGUUACAGUAUGGAGGACCCAUGGGUACAGUAGGAAGACUCAGCAUUACUGUAGUACAGGCAAAACUGGCAAAGAACUAUGGAAUGACGCGCAUGGAUCCGUACUGUCGAAUACGGCUGGGCUACGCUGUGUAUGAAACUCCUACAGCACAUAAUGGAGCCAAGAACCCCCGCUGGAACAAAGUUAUUCAGUGCACUGUUCCCCCGGGUGUGGACUCUUUUUAUCUAGAGAUAUUUGAUGAGCGAGCUUUUUCAAUGGAUGACCGCAUCGCUUGGACACACAUUACAAUUCCUGAGUCUCUGAAACAAGGAAAUGUGGAAGAUGAGUGGUAUAGCCUGAGUGGAAGGCAAGGUGAUGAUAAGGAAGGAAUGAUUAAUCUGGUUAUGUCAUACACGUCUUUACCAGCUGCCAUGAUGAUGCAGCCCCAGCCAGUGGUGCUGAUGCCCACUGUAUAUCAGCAAGGAGUUGGAUAUGUGCCUAUAGCAGGGCUUGAGUACUUUGCACUGGGGAUGCCUGCAGUCUGUAAUCCAGGCAUGGUACCAAUGGCAAUACCACCACCUGCAGUCAACCCUCAGCACCUGUGUAAUGAAGAGGACCUGAAAUCUAUCCAGGACAUGUUUCCCAACAUGGACAGGGAAGUUAUCCGCUCAGUGCUAGAAGCUCAGAGGGGGAACAAGGAUGCAGCUAUCAACUCCUUACUUCAGAUGACUGAAGAAUCAUAGAUGCCCACUUCCUGCAUAGUCCCCAUCCUUGAUGCCACUUAUUUUUACUUGCCAAGCCAGGGAUUUAGCUAGAGGAAGAAUUUCCCAACAGCUUUCUGUUAGUGCAUCUGGUGUGAAAGAUUAUACCCCUUUUCUCCUUGGACAUUUGGAUCUUUUUCUUUCUCAGUCUGUAUAUACUUAGUUUAGCUUAUGUCAUGUAAUAGAGCAGUGAAGCAUCUUUGCUGUCAGCUGUGCCCUGUGUGGCUGUAAUCUGAUGGGGUGGGGAGUAAUGCUGCUUUGUUUCUUUCUCUCCUCCUUUUCAUAAAUUUACUCUUACGAAGUAACACUAUGCAGUACAAGGUUGACUAGUGUACAUUAGAUUGAGGAAAAAAAUCUUUCCAGGGAAGGUUUGCUCUUUAAACACAACCGAUUUGUUAAAAGUAUUUAGGUUUCAGCAAGCAGCCUACUUUCGACAGAAGUUAAAAGAAAGACCCUUUCUGUCCGGUGGUGUUUAGUUAUUACUGUGAUACACUCACCCCUUUCUGAUUAAAGAUUUUUAGUUUAAUAA